ACCAUCGCGAACUAUAGCGGCAUUCUGUCGUGGACAGUUCCAGCAGAAGGCCAAUUCGUUCUUCGGGAACGAGGAGUAGCGAGUACUGUGCGUCCAGGUCACGUUAAUAUUAAGUAAGCCUCAGUUCUCGAUUUCUUCUCAAUUAUCGCAGUGUUGCUUCGCGGAGAACACGCCGAAAGAAGUUAAAAAAGAGCCAUGCAGCGCCUUUUCUUGAUCGCGUUUCUCGCAGUUGCGAGUGGCCAGCAGUUCGAAACCCUUUACACGUGGGACUUCGUUGAUUUUAAUUUUCCAAACGACAGCCUUCGGGAGACAUUAAUAUCCAGCGGUGAUUACGUCCCGGAGAAUAAUAUGCCCCUCGGCUUGCACUUGUGGGAAGACAAAAUAUUUAUCACCGUACCGCGAUGGAAGAACGGCGUGGUGUCGAAUUUGAAUUAUUUUUCGAAGGACGAUAAAUCGAAAUCUCCGAAAUUGAAUCCGUACCCUAAUUGGGAAUUAAACGACAUACAAAAUCCUGAUGCUAUCGUAAGCAUUUUCCGCGUUCGGGCGGACGCUUGCGGUCGACUUUGGGGAGUCGAUACAGGUAUCGACGAUAUUUUAGGGAACACCACUGUAGUGCAACCCGUAAGGAUCUUUGUGUUCGAUUUAAAGACAGACAAGGUACUUCGAACUUACACUUUGAAAGACUCGGAUCAAACGCCGAACUCCUUCUUCGCUGACCUGGUCGUCGAUGUUGACGAAAAUAAUUGCGAUGACGCGUACCUUUACACUUCCGAUUUGGGUGGAUACGGAAUGGUGGUUUACAGUUGGGCUAAGAACGAUUCUUGGCGAAUUUCGCAUAACUUCUUCCACUUCGAUCCUGUCAAUGGUAAUUUCAACAUCAGCGGUUUCAAUUUCCAAUGGACCGACGGAGUGUUCGGAAUGUCCUUGUCACCGCCGCAAAAAGACGGAUACAAGACCUUGUAUUUCCACGCCAUGUCCGGUAUCAUGGAGUUUUCCGUGUCCACGGAGGUCUUGCAGGAUAACACGUUAGCCAAAUCUGGAGUUUAUCAAGCGUUCCAUAUCGAGGGGAAUAAAGGUCCAAACACGCAAGGGCCUUCGUCUCUGAUGGACCAGAAGUGCGGUAUCAAUUAUUUCACUCAGGUUCACAGAAAUGGAAUUGCUUGUUGGGACACUAGCGUAAAAUUGACUCCGGACACUUUUGUACUCGUCGCGCAGGAUAACACGACUAUGGUCUUCCCCAACGACUUGUCCAUCGACGCAUCCAACAAUAUGUUGUACGUGUUGUCUGAUAAUUUGCCGACAUUUUUGUUCUCCCGUUUCGACGCGGAGAAACGUAAUUUCUUCCUUACAGCGGCCAGUCUCGAUAAAUUGACGCCUCUCUGCAAAAAGCAAAAUUCUUAACAACCUACCGUUUCAAUUAUUAUUUUACUUUUAACGAUACUCACUCUCUAAAGUCUGUAUCAAUUCCGUCCUGACUUAAAAUAUACUUUGUGCUACAAAAAAUACUUCCAUCUUCCUUCUUCUAGGUUUCGUUUACCUUAUGUUAGCGUUGCUUUUGACAAAUUUGUUAACUGUAUAGGUUUUACAAUCGGUGGAUCAUUUAAAAAUAACAGUAUUAUCAGGUUC